GCCCGUGUACAGGGGGCGGGGGCUGUGUUCAGUGUUUCAAGCUCCUGGAUGAAAUCCGGAAAUCCAGGUUGCACAUCUUCACAUUCAACAUGUCAGCUGAUGGUGUGGAAGAGAAGGGUGCCGAGGGUGUGGAGUUUGUCCACCUGGAUGUAGAAGGCCUUGCACACUGUGCCUCUAAGAGAGGGAAACCCACACUAUCAACAGCUCUGCGCAAAUAUUACACCCAUGAAAAGAAGAAGGCUUUUGCAACGUUUGUCACUUCCAGGAAGGUUGUCAUGCCAGCUGGAGAAGUACCUCUCAAACAGUGGCACUGCUGUGAUCAGAUUUUCACAAACUCAGCCUCUGUCCACAAACACGUUGCCAGGAUUCAUGAUGCUGAGAUCUCGCAGCAUGCCGAAAGUGCCUUGGAGGCUGUCCUGGAGAGUGCCGAAAAUGAAGUUAUAACACAAGGCGCCUUAGAUAAGGAGAAAACGCUGGAUGUGUCCUGCUGGAUACCGAAUACCAGCCACCUUCGUGAAGAGCAACUGGUCGAAGGCCCAAGCGAAGUCCUGUUGUAUUACUGCUACUGUCCAUUGCAAGACCCCCAGCUCAUCUGUUCUUGGCAGAAGGUGCUGUGUGAAAAUCUGCAUCUGACAGGCAAGGUUCGGGUGGCGACUGAGGGGAUAAAUGGAACUUUGGGGGGUACCAAACUGGCCACUGCUUUGUACAUUGAAGCAAUGCUUUCACAUCCAUGCUUCAGUACUAUGGUGCAGGAAGACUUCAAGAGGAGUGAGGGAAAUGCAGGCUGUUUUGCUGACUUGAGGAUGGGGGUUUACAGGGAAAUUGUCCCCAUGGGUGUUGAUCCAGACGUCCUGUCUUAUCGAAAGGCAGGAAUACACUUGGAACCAGAAGAAUUUCACAAGGAAGUAGAACUGUUUUUAUCUAAAGGUGAUUCAUGCACAGACACUAUUCUGCUGGACUGCCGAAACUUCUAUGAAAGUAAAAUUGGGCAGUUCAACAAAUGUUUGGCCCCUGACAUUCGGAAAUUCAGCUACUUCCCUGACUACGUGGACAAGAACCUAGAGCUGUUCCGGGACAAGAAAGUUCUGAUGUACUGUACUGGUGGCAUUCGCUGCGAGCGAGGUUCUGCUUACCUCUGCUCAAAGGAGGUGUGUAAGGAAGUGUAUCAGCUAAAGGGAGGCAUUCAUAAGUACCUGGAGCAAUACCCUAAUGGCUUCUAUCGGGGGAAGCUGUUUGUGUUUGACGAACGCUAUGCAAUCGCCUUCAAUGGUGACAUCAUCUCAGAGUGCAGGUACUGCUCUGCCCCGUGGGACCGCUACCAGCUCUGCUCCACACACUUCUGCUACCAACUAGUGCUGUCCUGCCCCUCCUGUCGUGCUCAAGGCCUCACCUCCUGCUGCCCCACCUGCCAGGCCAAGGGCCAGGAGUGCGAGCAGGGUACCCCACUGGAAAAGAAGGAGGAAUGUGAGUGUACAGCCUUGAGGCUGCGGAUCCCCCAGGAUGUUCUCUGACAAACGCUAUCCCGAGACCCCUUCCCUACACGCGCUGCCAGCACACAUCUGAAAGGAAGAGUGUGUGUAUGCGUGCGCUGUCCUGCUCUCACUGUGAACAGUGGACCACUUGAGAAGGAGACAUUUUAACCAACUGGCACAUCACGCUGACAUAAAAAAAGUCAGUUUUAACUGUCCUUUUAAACUCUUUUAUACUCUUAUGCUCCUCUUUGGGUUGUGAUAAAUUCUAAUGGUGUCUUGCAUUACUUCUGAAAUCAAUGGAAAAAUAAAUCUGAAUACUUUUAAGGCAAAGUUGG